AUUAACGGUGUUACAGCGAGUCUUGUUUACAAUUUUCGAUAUAUAGGCACAAAGUAAUAAUUCCAUUUUACAUUUAAUGUUUACUGGAUAUAAAGAAGGUUCAUGAUGUACGCAUAAGUAAUAAAAUCAAACAUUUUUUUAUAUGGAUGGUACUAUUCGUUUUCAAUGGAAGGAGCAGAGACGAACUUUGAAGGAAAUGAAUCUCGAGAGAACAAACAGAUUCUGAAGGAAGUCGCUGAUGACCUAGAGGUUCAAGACCUCGAAGAGAAGAGACAACAAAUAGAAACAAAACUUUUGAAAACACACACUCUCAUAGAUAAGCUUGAAAAUAUAAAGAUAGCUAAAACUGAGUAUGAAAAAGCAGAAAAUAUCAAAGCUGAUUUAGAAAAAGACAUAGAUACCACUAAAGCAAUACAAUGUGUGGACAAGGAAAACGUUCUGACUGCAGAUGACUUUUGUAAGGAAUUACGGAUAUAUAAGAAAAAGAAUGGUAUGAGCCAAAAGCAAGAACGACUUUGCAACUUCGCAAAAGGUCAUAUUAUAGAAGAAAAUAAGAUUUAUCCUUUGACAGAUGUCAAAUUAACGAUAGACUUUUCCUUUGAAGGUACCAAUAACAUAACAAUAAUCAAAGGAAGCGGUAAACAAAAGAUACGUGCUUGGUAUGAUGAUAAAGAUGAACCAAGAUUUAUUUGGGAAAAGAUAUCGACAUGGAGAAGGUUUAGGGUAUACGUCUCUUCGUUUAAAUUCACUGACCAUAUAUCAGACAAAGUAACAAUAUCUUUUCAAAAUGGCCUAAAUGCUUUACAGAAUGCACUAACUGCAGCAAACAGUUUUAUUUUGACAAAAACUGUAUUGAAUUCUAAGGAGGACAAGUUACAUGACGAAGCUAAAGAUAUCAUAACCGACCAAAGCGGCUCUCGAUCAGGCUUUGGAGAGGAAGAUUCGGAGCAAAUGUCUAGAGAUGAGGAUCGGGAAGGCAAAGACCAGCCAAAGAAACAAGUUACAAAUAAAGGUAACCAAAAGGAAUUGUCUAGAAACAAAAGAUCUAGUGAUGGCAUAAAAGUAAAAGUAAGUGAUAAAAAUGAACCUGAAAGAGGUUCUCGAGAGGCAGAUUCGGAAGAAAUAUCUGAAGAUGAAAAUGAAGGAGCCGAUAACGAAUCAAAGAAAAGGGUUAGAAAUAAAGUAAACAAAGGCGGAGUAUCCGGAAACAAAAAGUCUAAGCUGUAAAGUAAUACAUAGACAAUUAAAUGCCGCUUAUCAAAUGAAAAUAUUAUAUGUAAAUAAAAUGUGUAAUUUGCUAUUAAUAAGCCGAUUUUACUUCGUACAUGAACGUACACAUCUUUGUUUUCAGGUAAGACACACAAUUCAUUUUGUGUACCUAUACUAUGUCUAGUGCAUAUUUGUAUGUUAUUUUUAAGAAUCAAUAACACGAAAAUGUCUAAUGAAAUGCAUAUAUUUAAGAUGAAUUUCAUUCGUAGCUUCGUUUAAAUACCUACAUCCUAUUGUUUGACAUUCAGAUUAACAUUUUGUUUUUCAUUGGUGUUAUCCAAAUAUGGAAAACAAGAUCUUUUUGCACUACAAAAAAAAUGAAAGAUAAAGGUAGAUUUCACGGAAGCACAGAGCACCUCAAACACAGCCUUGGAGCCAUGCAUCGCAAAGAAAGCCCGCAACAAAAAGAAACUUCAUCGAAAUAAUAUAGCAAACUGGUUGCUUAAAAAUCUAACAACAAGUACAUUUUAAUUAUAUGCAAAAUACAAAAAUGGGUAAGUGGUAGAUAAAGGGGCGAGGGUGCUUGGCAAAAUACAAAAUAAAAGCAAGGAUUAAU